CGGCAACAACAGCCCCGGGCCGGACCCGCUCAGCUUCAAGGCCCAUGCCUCCUCCGCGUCACUCUACCCAUCCAAGCCCGCUCUACAUAAGCCGCCCGCUUAACAAGCCCACACUAGCGGCUCGCGGCCCGCGCACAAAGCCGGCCCAGACUUCUUCUGAUCCUCCUCUACAGCCCACCACAAGCGCGGGACCAAACUUGCACAUGGGGCCCAACUCGUGGAUCGCCAAGCCCAUGUCGCGGCCUGCACUCGCGCCUGUCCCGAUCUGCGCUUCACACAAAGCCACCAGCCCGCUCCGUUUAAGGGAUGCAGUCCCACCCAAGCCCAGCAGAUGAGAAGCUCAUAAAAAAUUGUUGUCACCGCGAGGGCUCGAACACGCGCCAUUCCUCCACCGGGCGGGCAUGUCAACCAGUAGACUAAAGCAUAUUAUUACUA